AUGGGAUCAUCUUUGUGCUUUUAAGAUUCUUAAAAAUCAAACAAUGAACUCAAAUUAAGAUGCAACAAACAAUAUAGAUUAAAUGGACCUCCGCAUUUAUUCAAACCAACUCCAAUAGUAAGUGUUUUGAUGUUUGAUGAAUAAAUUGAGAAGGAGGAGUCUCCAUAAACUGAAAUUUUAGAAUCUCUAAACAAUAAAUAAAAUGUUUAGUAGUUUACAUAUAUGGCUCAAUAGUCAGAAGAGAUCGAUAGCACUUAAUCAAAACCUUGGAUAAAAAAAACUUAUGCUAUUUAAACUAUUAAUGUAUCUAAUUUUAAAAAUGAUGAAAAUAAUAAUAAAAACAAUAAUUAUCAAUUAAAAAACUCCAGUAGAGAACAAAAUAUAUCGUCAGAAAAAUACAAAAACUUGAAAGAAGAUUCAAAUGUUUCAAUUUAAUUGGGCCAUUCAGGAUCAAUUUCAAAUAAUACUUUUGAUAAAAAGUAACUUAAAACUAAUUGCCAAAACAAGAAUAAAUGA